UGUUUCUGAAAAGCAGGUCACUUGUCAGUAGGCUACUAUCUAGACCAGUGGUUAGCAUCAUGUGAGAGCAGUCAUAUGACGCGUAGCAUUUGUUUCCUGGUUCUUGUUAUUUCCCUGUAGUAUUGUAUUUCAUGCAGUACCUGCCUGUACUAGUUCCUUGCACAGAUAGGAGGAUGGCGGUCGCACAGGUCGUGCGAUUUGUUACUCUAUUGUCCGCGUUGACCUGCUGCAUUUCCAUGAGAUACGAGCCAACAUGGGAAUCCAUAGACUCCCGACCUCUUCCAGGGUGGUAUGACGAAGCCAAACUCGGUAUUUUCAUUCACUGGGGAGUAUUCUCUGUUCCUAGUUUUGGAAGUGAAUGGUUUUGGGAAUUCUGGCAAGGCAAGAAAUGGCACCCCUAUGUUGACUUCAUGGAGAAGAACUAUCCGCCAGGGUUCACCUAUCCUGACUUUGCACCACAGUUUACUGCCGAGUUUUACAAUCCCAAACAGUGGGCAGAAUUAUUUGCAGCAUCUGGUGCAAAAUACAUUGUUCUCACUACAAAGCACCACGAAGGCUUUACAUUAUGGGGUUCAAAGAAUUCCUUUAACUGGAAUGCGGUGGACGUCGGUCCAAAGAGGGACCUGGUGGGCGACCUUGCGGAUGCCCUACGGAAAAACACCAACCUCCGCCUGGGACUCUACCACUCCUUAUUUGAGUGGUUCAACCCGCUCUUCAGAGAGGACGCAGCCAACGUCUUCACAACCAACUACUUCCCCACCACAAAGACCCUCCCAGAGCUGUACGAUCUGAUCUUGAAGUACAAGCCAGACGUGCUGUGGUCUGACGGGGAUGGAGACGCGCCUGACAAGUACUGGAACGCCACAGGCUUCCUUGCCUGGCUCUACAACGACAGCCCGGUGAAAGACACGGUGGUGACCAACGACCGCUGGGGAAAAGACACUGUCUGCAAGCACGGAGGCUACUACACCUGCGAUGACCGCUACAACCCAGGGCACCUGGUCAAGCACAAGUGGGAGAACUGCAUGACCAUUGACAAGCAUUCGUGGGGCUACCGUCGAGAGGCCGUGCUGAGUGACUACCUCACCACCCAAGAGAUCAUAAACACUCUAGUGGAGACCGUGUCUUGUGGUGGGAAUAUGCUGGUGAAUGUGGGCCCCACGCGUGACGGCCGCAUCUCCCCCAUCUUCGAGCAGCGUCUCCGGGAGCUAGGCCAGUGGAUGAAGGUCAAUGGAGAGGCCAUCUACGGGUCCGCCCCAUGGAGAGCCCAGAACGACACAGUCACCCCUGGACUCUGGUACACUUACGGGCCGAAGGAGAAGGCCGUCUACGCCAUCCUCCUCUCCUGGCCUGCUGACGGAUCUGUUGUUCUCGGUGCACCGAAGGCAUCUGCAGGCCAGACUCAGGUGGCGCUAGUGGGCUACAAGCAGCCGGUGAAAUGGGAGCCGGUGGCUGCCGGAGGUGUGAGGGUGUUCUUGCCUCCACUCUCCCCACCUCAGAUGCCUUGCUCCUGGGCCUGGACACUCAAGCUCACUGGUGCCUCCUAGAGGGAAAGACGUUACCGACGUUGGCAUUGAGAAAUGGUUGAGCGUUAUGAAUGAAGUAUACGGGACAUGAAUGAAUGCAGCUAAAGUGCACACAGAGAGAGAGAGAGAGAGAGAGUUGGGUGGAGGAUGUAUACUCAGACAUGAGGCAUGAGUAAUGCUGUCAUGGCUUUUUUAGAAUAGCAGUUACUUAAUUCAGGGAAUGCAGGGAUUUUUGGUGGUGAUUUAAUAGAUUUUUGAUGUUUUGACAUUUAUUAAGCGCUGUAUGUUUUCAAAAGGGACUUUUAAAAAAAUGGUUGCAAUGAUUCGUACCCUGUUGUAAUUUUUCAGUUUUGCAGGAGAUCUAAAUGGUUCAUCUUUUUAAGGAUACUGUACAUGUACUGUGAAUCCUCUGGAAAUGCACUUUUGAAUUAUGUUAUGCUGGUGAUGGUAGUAGGGUAGUAUAACUGAUAGUCCUUAAGACCCAAUUACUCACAGCUCUACUAGUACACAAUGUCCAUUUAAGGCUGGGUGUGUUUUGACGCAUCAUAUGAUUUGUAAUGAGUGUAUGAGUGCUUGCGAGAUGAAAAUUAAAUGUUUGUAUGGCUAUGCAGUUAGGAUGAGAUGGUUAGACCAUUUGAUUUUGUGAAUAAUUAGUGCAAAUUUCUGUCAUUCCACCAUAGGAAGAGAAGAGAUUUGUGUGAAAAGGGAUGCUUAUAAUUAUGACCACUAUUCAAUGUUAAGUCUUCAAUCAUUCUGUGUCUACUUUUUGUGUCUUUAUGCUUCUUUUAAAAGUUUGAACAUAUUUUUUUGAUGAACACUUUUUUUACAUUUUAAAAUAAAUUGAUUUGAUGUGCUUUAUA